AUGAGGAUGGAUAACAAUUGCGAACACAGAGACGCUAGAAACGUGCGAAAGGGCACUGCCGGAUAUACAUCUUUUCGUUUCUUCGAGGGUGAUACAGAGCAUGGGAUCCAAGACUUGCGCGACUUUUGUGAAGCCAAGGACGCUGCGGCCGUCAUGGGACGAAGAGUUUUCCCUCAUGGUGCGAUGAAGGAUGCGAGGAGAACAUCCGACAUUGACGACUCGCCUGCUCUGACGCUAUGGCUGCUCCCAUGCCAGGUUGAGGAGGACAACGCUGAGUUGGAGAUGGUUAUAUACAGCUUUCACAAGAGCGGUAAGGACGGGACGGACCGUGGAAGCUGCCCUGUGAAGUGUGCUGCUGUUUCCAGGGAGCCAUACCUUCGUCGGGAGCGUGAUAGUUCGCCUACACGUGACGUCGUCUCCGAGGACGACAUCGAGAACGGGGAGACGGUCGACGAGUGGUACCCUGUGAAGCUGAACCAGGGGCUCAGGCUCACUGCGCCUGCUCUUCCUUCUCUCGCUCUCUUUGUCAUGUUGACUUUGACUCUCAAGAACGGGCGGGGGCCGGAGGAUCCCCUGCUGCAUGUGCAGCUGACUGUCGCGCAAUUCCGGUACAAUAGGAGAAGAGUGGGAGGGAGGAGGGGGAGAUGA